CCAUUUCCUGUUUCAGGUAACCUUUUUAACUAAAAAAAACUACCGAGACCGAAGAGAAGACGAGCAUUUAGAGUCGCAAGGAGAAUGGAUGAUGACGAAUUUGGAGGGUUUGAGGCUGCUGAGACAUUUGAAUGUGGGGACGCAGCUGCACAGCACCCCGUCUCUUCCACCAUCCCAUGGGCAGCACUCUCCUCAGUCCCAGGGAUGAAGCUGUCUCCGAGCGCCCCCCCGGACAUCCUGCUGGACCAGCACCCAUCCUUUCAGACAGACUCCCCGGAGCCCGGCCCCCAUGGGAGCCCACCGGAGCAGCACCAGGUCAUCCCAAGUCAUGAUGACCCAGCUGUGGCUCAGAAUGUUACGGCCAGUGAUUCUACUGACUCUACGGAAGCCCAGGAGGCUCACGCUCAACUCCAGCAAGCGCUGUCCAGCCUGCAGGCCAAGCUAUCUGCCAGCGAAGAGGAGAAGGCCCGCAUCAAGCAGGACUUGGAAGAAAUGAUGGAAAAGCAAGCCAGGAUUGAAGAGCAGUUCCAGACUGAGAAGCAAGCGGACACGGAGCUACAGAGGAGCCGCUACACCGAACUCCAGGAAAAGCACAACAGAGGCCUUGAAGACAUGAGGAGGGCAGGCCAUGAAUCCUUGACAAUAAUUGUGGAGGAAUUUAAGGCUUUGACCAAGUCGGCUGUUCUGCAGCAGCAGGAAGUAGGUGAAAAACGUCUAGAAGCAGCCAUGGAGAACCAGCGUCAGAAAUGUGAAGAGCUCCUGGAGGCCCAGCACCAAAGGCUGUUGGAUCUCCUAGAUGCUGAGAGAGAGGCCUUAGAAGAAAAAUUAAGAGAAACGUUGAGUCAACAAGCACAACAUCAGAAGGAGGUGCUAGAGAAAUGUUUACAGGAGGAGAAGCAGAAGGCUCAGGAUGCAGUAGCAGCUGCUGUGCAGGCGCAGGAAGGGCGGAUGAAGGAGGCGGUCCUGGAGGCGGUGCAGGAGGAGAGGAGGCGGGCCGAGCGGCAGCUGGCAGAGCAGAGGGCGGAGUGGGAGGCGGAGCGUCUCAGAGAUAGGGACCUGCUGGCACAGGCCAUACAGGAUGCUCUGGCGGACCAGCGGAAGAUCAGCAAGGAGGCGGUGAAAGAGGCCGUGGCGGAGGAGCGGAAGGCCAGCGAGAGGCGGCUCCAGGAGGCCACGCUCAAGGUGCGAGAGGAGCUCAUGGACUUUGUGAAGGAACAGAAGAGGCUGGACCAGGUGACCCGGAAGAAGAACCUGGCCAGCCUGGAGCUCUUCCUGUCCUGUGCCCAGAGGCAGCUGUCUGCACUCCUGCAGGAUGGGCCCGUCGAAGCAGAGGGUGACCCGGACACGCCCACCAGCAGCAGCCUCGAUCUCUGACACCCACAUUGCCUCAUCUAACUUCUCAAAGCUGUUGACCCACACACUG